GGCUCUAAAGAGGUAGCUUCAUCGUUUCCAACAUCGAGGGGACGUCAAACCAGUAAACAUCGGAAGAGCGGGUGCGUCAUUGAACCGACGGAAGGUGUGUCGACUGUGUCGCAUUAUCGCAGAGCGUUCGUCGAGACCUGCAAAAUGUCGACUUGGAAAGCGGCUGUGUCCAGCGAUUUCCGCCUCCAGUCCCAGCCGGGCCAGGGAGAUGACGACUGGGAAACCGACCCUGAUUUCGUGAAUGACGUGACGGAGGAAGAACAGAGAUGGGGCUCCAAGACUGUGGAAGGUUCUGGCCAUGUUUCUGAUGCUGUCAACAUACAGGAACUGAGAGAGCAAGUGACCCAGGAUGAUGCUGCAUACAAGAAGAAGGUUCUGGAGGAGCAGCCAAAGGCUUCUUUUGGCUACGGUGGAAAGUUUGGCGUUCAGAACGACCGCAUGGACAAGUCUGCUGUUGGCAACGACUACUUAGUGUCCCUCCACAAGCACGCCUCCCAGACGGACUCGGUCAAGGGCUUCGGCGGCAAGUUCGGUGUCCAGAAGGACCGGCAGGACAAGUCGGCUGUUGGUUGGGAAUAUCACGAGUCUCUGCAGAAACAUGCUUCUCAGAAAGAUUACAGUACCGGCUUUGGUGGCAAGUUUGGUGUGCAGAAGGAACUGCAAGACAAGUCUGCCGUGGGCUGGGAGUUUCACGAGAAGACGCAGAAGCACGCGUCUCAGACGGACUAUGCGCACGGUUUCGGCGGUAAGUUUGGGGUCCAGAGCGACCGGCAGGACCCCUCUGCCCUGGGAUGGGACCACGUGGAGAAGCUGGAGAAGCACGAAUCCCAGAAGGAUUAUGCCAAGGGCUUUGGCGGCAAGUACGGGGUCCAGGCGGACCGGAAGGACAAGUGCGCCCUGGGCUGGGAGGAGGUGACCAAGCCAGAGGCACACCCUUCCCAGGUGGACAUGAAGAGAGGCUUCGGCGGGAAGUUUGGCAUCGAGAAGGACAAGCAGGACAAGUCCGCGUACCCUUUUGCGGAGGUCGAGAAGCCCAAGCCCGCAUACCAGAAACCAAAGCCUGAUAUCGAGGUGGGAGCAGAGCGUGGGGCCAAGAGCCUGCGCUCCCGCUUUGAGAACAUGGCCAAGGCAGGCGAGGAGGAUGCGAGGAGGCAUGCAGAGGAGGAGAGGAGGAAGAGGGAGGAGAAGGACCGCAGGGAGAAGGAGGAGGCCAAGAAGGCCGAAGAGCAACGCCAGCGGAAACUGAAGGAGGAGCACAAGCGGAUAGAUGCCCUGGAGGAGCAGCAGAGGGCGCUGGAGGGCGACCACUCGGCAGACGACGAAUUGUUUGAGAGUCGACCGGAAGACGCCGAACUCAUCCGGCCUCAAGUGCCAGGUACCCGCAAGGACCACUCCAGGGUGUCCGUGAUCCCGAGGGAACUGGUGGUGCCCUCGAAGCCGGACAGCAGUCCCGACGUCUCCCCUACCCAAGACGACCGGCAGGCACCGCCGCCAAAGACUCCGCCCGCGGCUUUCGCUCCGACCCCGGUUCCGUUUCGGGCUCCGGGUGCGGCGGCGUUGUUCCCCGAAGGCUCGUCUCCUCCGGCCCUGCCGCUAGAAGGUCCGCCCAAGAAGGUCGUCCCGCAGAUCCACCACUCGCCAGUGGAGUCCGAAUCCAGUCCGGAAUCCGGGCCAGGGGAGUCGCUCGAAGAGGGCAUCUACGAGCAGUUGGAACCCGCCUCGGACGAGAAGAAGAUUUCGGCCGUGGCGCUCUACGACUACCAGGCUGCCGACUACGACGAGAUUUCCUUUGAUCCCGACGACAUCAUUACGGACAUUGAGACGAUCGACGAGGGCUGGUGGCGCGGCAAGUGCAACGGGAAGGUGGGGCUUCCCGGCCAACUACGUGCAGCCCCUCUAGUGGGAGGCUGUGACCUUGCUGUCAAGGUCCUGACCACGCCCAAGACAUCGCAACGCCGUCGGCGACGCAGGAACGAUUUUGUCGACUGGCUCAACUACGCCGCGGAUGCGAAGAACAAAUUUCUGGGCGACAACUCCGUUUUCAUUUCGGGAUUUCUCGCGACGCAAAGCCAAUCUAUUUUAUUUUAAUUUUCUUUUUUUUCUGGGGACCCAUCAAACAACGUAUGUUGCCAAGCAUAAACAAGUCAUCGAAGGAGUUAGUCGUACGUGAAAACAAAGUGAACAAGUGAGGCUGUUGUUGAAAGGCACUCAUAUUUUCUGCAGUGUCUUGCAGUUCCUGCAUUUGAGCGACAGACUUUUUAGCUGCAGGACAUAAUUCUCUUGAAAUUCUUGUAUGCUUUCAAAAUAAUACUUGUCUAUUUUGAUUUUUUUUUUGGUAGAGAAGCUAGCGAGUAUGGUUCCUAAGCUUUUCUUUGUUACAUUUUGUCGGGUUAUUCGAAAAUUGGUUUUCUUUUGACUUUUUAUUUCGACCACUUUGUAACUCGAAGGUGUUGAGUUCUUUUAUAUGGACAUGACGUAUGCAUAUAUAUUUGGGUAAGAUUUACGGGGCCUUUAUUUUGUGGGGUUUUAUAAGAAUUUUGGUUUACGGAUGAGGCAUCAGUCCUGUUUGUGCAUUGUUUCUUGACAUAACAUUCCUGCAAGAUUGCUGCAUCUUUUUUUUCUUAUGUUUCGAAGUGGUUUUUAUUUUUUUAGAGUGUGUAUUCUCGUGAAUUGUGAGCCCCAUCGGUAAUAUAUUUGUGAUUUGAAGAUUGUUAUUAUCGCGACACUACUAUGAUGCGAAGAGGGGCCCGUGUCACUGAAUUGUGCGAUAAAACGUCUGGUUAUUUUUUGUAAUACGAGACUUCUAAACUAUUUAUAGUUACUGGACUUGCGCUCCGUCGAAAAGCACAGUUCUACGCGAGAUUUACGACUACUUAUUGUCCGUUGUGGUUUUUUCUCGCAUUUACCUUAACCAAAGCAUACUUGUCUAUUAUAGUGCCAACUCGUGAAAGACUCCAUUUUACCGAUAUAUUUAAGAGUUGCACCCUUUCUAGGCUGCCGCAUUUCACGGACACUUUUGUCGGUAAAUCAGAUUUUCUACGGGUUUACAAACUCCAUGUUCCCUCGCACAAAAAGAUUGUAUUGGAAAUGAUACAGUAUUCAGGGUAAGUCAUACACCACUAAACUACACAAACAAUAAUAUUGGAAAUGAGCACUAUAGAAUGUUGUAGAUUGCUGGGAGUAGUGGAUAGCUGACAAUGUGUGUGUCAUGACUACACAUUGUGGCGUAUAUUAUAUAGAUGGCGCAAUAAACUGAUUGAUUUUUUUACAAA